GCUGUCGUCAUCGCUCUCCGCCAUAUUGGGAAAAACUACUCGGAGACGGAGAAAGGCGAGGAGGUAGAUCGGAGAAGGGGGAGAGAGGUAGAGGGCUGCCUCUAGCGGUUUCAAGUACCGAAUUCAGUAGCUGUGGUAAAGGCUCCGGUUUGCGUCCAUUUAUGUUUCGGUAAUCAGAAAGAGAUUUAAUCGCUGUCGAGACGAGAUUGGUGGCUUCGUGUAUCCGGGGUUGUUGGGACUUGUCUGCAGAACAUGACUUCCCUGACUAAGCGGAGCUCCGGCCUGGUGCAGAGGCGGACCGAGGCCUCUCGCACUGCCGCCGCUGACAAGGAGAGAGAAUCCGGGGAUGAGGACGACGAGGUCCGUCGCGGCGAAGAGCAGGAAGACGACGACAAGGGAGACUCCAAAGAAACCCGACUCACCCUGAUGGAGGAGGUGUUGCUACUGGGACUGAAAGACCGAGAGGGCUACACGUCAUUCUGGAACGACUGCAUCUCGUCCGGACUGCGCGGCUGCAUGCUGAUCGAGCUCGCCCUGCGCGGGAGACUGCAGCUGGAGGCCUGCGGCGUGCGGAGAAAGAGCCUGCUGGCCAGGAAGGUGAUCUGCAAGUCGGACGCUCCGACGGGGGAUGUCCUGCUGGACGAGGCGCUGAAGCACAUCAAAGAGACGCAGCCACCAGAGACUGUGCAGAGCUGGAUAGAGCUGCUGAGCGGCGAGACGUGGAACCCUCUGAAGCUGCACUACCAGCUGCGGAACGUGCGGGAGCGCCUGGCCAAGAACCUGGUGGAGAAGGGCGUGCUGACCACGGAGAAGCAGAACUUCCUGCUGUUCGACAUGACCACGCACCCGCUCACCAACAACAACAUCAAGCAGCGGCUCAUCAAGAAGGUGCAGGAGGGCGUGCUGGAGAAGUGGGUCAACGACCCUCAGCGCAUGGACAGGCGUCUGCUGGCCCUCAUCUUCCUGGCCCACUCGUCCGACGUGCUGGAGAACGCUUUCGCCCCGCUGCUGGACGAGCAGUACGACCUGGCCAUGAAGAGGGUCAGGCUGCUGCUGGACCUGGAGCCUGAGGGGGAGAGCCUGAAGGCCAACGCCAACGAGCUGCUCUGGGCCGUCAUAGCCGCGUUCACCAAAUGAGCCCGCCGUCUCGCUGGAGAGGAACUGGGAGAGGUUUGAGGAGUAGAAUGAGCCCGGACCAGCGGUUCUGACUCGGGAGGUUCUGACGUUGGACCCCACGGUUUACACGGUUCUUGGCUUGCCGUUGUGAUGGGUCUCGAACUCUGCAGACGCGUCCAUCCCCCCCCCCCCGCCCGACACGUUUUCUGUCCCUGUAGAUACCGGCCCCAGCCACACCGUCCGCCAGACGUUUCACACAGUCCUCUGGCUGCUUGUGUUGCUACUCAAAAUGGCGCACUUCUGGUCAAAUUCAAAUCCACUGUGUGCAGGACCUCUGACUGACUAGAAGUGAAUCUGCAUUAAGUUAAUUACCUGGUAUUAUCCCUGAACAGAUAGAUUUAUUUGUCUUUUUUUUUUUUUCUUCAAAAAAACUAUUUUCACACAGAAUAUUCAACAGAUGAAUUUUUCCUUUAUGGGGUGGCUUUCUCCUUGGGUGUACACAGAAGGUAACUGGAUUUAAUAUUAUGUGAACCAUACCCCAGCUGUAUUCACAAAAUGUUAAUUACAAAUUACAUUUACAGCACAACAAAGCACUCAAAUGGAAACAACAGACAGUCUGUGGCAACUGUAUCGUAAUAAAAAAUAAAAAAAAGGUUUUCUUUUUUUAGGAAUCGCAUUCUGAGGACAGUUAUUUCAAGAAGCAUUCUUGGUUAAUUAAAACAGAAAUAAUAUAUACUGUCAGUGAACGGUAAUACAGUGUACAAGUCCGAAUGGAGCCAAGGAAGGCACAUACAUUUUGAAAUGUCAAAUUAUGGAUAGGGUUGCCAUAGGAUUUUUUUUUUCUUCUUUUUUUGUAAACUCCAGCGAGUUGUCAUUAAAGGAAUGUCAAACAUAAAUCGCAGUUUCCUUUUCCAGAUCCCUGUUCACUUGUUCCCCCCUUCUUUUGUGCAUUAAUCAUAAAGAGACCUAUUUAAAUGUGAUUUUCAUUUUGUACGUACGGAGAAUUUCUGUUUGUGUGCGCGUGUGUGUGUGUGUGUGUGUGUCCGGUCAUAUUGCUGAAAUCUAUAAUCGGUUUAUUUUUCUAACUUUGAAAUACUCGCCACAGAUGAAGUAUAAUUCUAGCCGACAUAGCUGCUUGUUGCCCACACUGCGCAGGUGAGAUAGACCAGGAGCCUCAUUCCGGUAUGUUCUGUAAAUACUCUGUCGUCACCAGGCCUGUUUGGGCUGCCUCUGCACGGGUCCCUCCCGGGCCCUGGUGUCGUGGUGGAAAUUCAAAUGGAGGACAUCCGUACGGGUUUCUACUGGCCUUCAUCUUCGGCCCUCUGUCCUUGCACAGAAGUGGUUGGGGAUGUUUUGAGUUACUCUAUAGAAAGCCUUUGACCAAUUUUCUCUGAUUUUUUUCUAUGGUUUUGAGAGGAUGUGUUCUCGUUUACAAUGCCACAGUGUUUCACACCGCAAAUGUUCACUUAUACGGUUCGUGAUUUUCACCAUUUCUUCAUCUCAUCUGUUAUUUCAGUUAGGCCUUUUUUUUUUCAUUAACUUUUAACUGUUGCUUUUUUAAUUUGAAAAUGUGCUAUGUUUGGCUUUAUUGCUACCUUCAAAUUAAUGUAUGCAAUACAUUUCAAUGAUGGAUCAGUACUGAUUCUGGGCUUGUUUUUUCCUUUCUUCAUGACAAUUUAUUUGGGUCAUAUUUCCUUCAGGCUAUUGGAGUACAGAAAUCCUAGAUACCGUGUAACUGUAGGUUUGAGAAUAAAGGGAUGCCUAAUCUGUAUACAUGCUUUUUACCGUACAAUAAACGAAGAUCUUGAAAGUGCCUGAAA